CCCCUUUGUCUCCCGACUGCAUGAAGUUUCUACAGAAUACCCGCCUCAUGAAUCGCAUUCUGUCGGAAACCUUUCCCCGUUCUGCCUGAGCCCCGAAGCUGUAGCCAAUCCUGUCAUGGCUCCGGGUGUCAGUGGAAAGAGGAAAAGAGGUGAUAGAUCUUGGUCUGGCGACUCCAACGAGACCCAGCGACCUUCUCCUCAUCGACCAGGAAAUCUCAACAUGGCGCAACAUAAUCACGGCUCCCAGCCCUCGCAGCCUCGCGAUCACCCCGAAACGCGCGGAAGGGGGCGAAGGCAAUCCGGCCGAGGAGGACGGAAUAACCACGGUCGCAGAGCCAGCAAUGAUACCCAGAAUACAGCUGGCAGCCGUAGGGACGCUGCCAUGUCCCCUCCCGCCACUACUAUUUCACCGGCGAACAAUGCCGCGGAACAAAGCCAGGCCAACGGUGUCUCGUCCACCGUAAAUCAGUCUUCGCAACCCCCGUCCCCGGCGCCGACGCCGUCCCAACCUCCGUCUCAGAUGCAAACACCGGCUCCCUCACAAUCUCUCGUCUCUCCUAUCACCCCUAUCCAUCACCCUCCCGCGCCGCCGCCGCAGCCGUACGCCUUUGAAUACGUGACCGACUCUCACAUCGAGCAUUGGGUUUCCACUGGUGAGCGGAAGUUCGUGGACGAUGGAGUGCAGGCAAGGAAGGAGCAGGAUAUUCCGAAGCUGGCGUUGAUCUACCAGGAGCUAAUCCGAAGCGCUUUCUACGGACGCGUGACACCACCGGAGGCAGGCGCUGCUAUCCAGGAUAUUAUCGAAAAAGAUGCUGCGGCUGGCGAAGAGGUCGACAUGGAGGCAGAGGGCCAACUGGAAGAGGAUUUCGACCCCCGCUCUCUCUUUCUGGACACCCUAUCCAUCAUGACGGAUUCCGACACGUCGAACCCUGCUCUGAGGCCGUUGGUCUUCUCCACCGGCAUUAGCUCCGCUCUGAUGCGUCUCCAGCUCGACACUCCCCUUCUCCAGUCUCUCGGUCUCGUUCGUGAAACGUUCACCCGCAUGGGCAUUCGUAAGCAGACCAACCUCCUUUACCGACAGUCGAACUACAAUCUCCUGCGCGAAGAAUCCGAGGGGUAUUCGAAACUUCUCACAGAACUUUUUACAACCAGCAACAAUGAACCUCCAUCCAGCGAGGUCGUGGAGGAUACCUUCGAGAAAGUCAAGGCUAUGAUCGGUGCGUUCGAUAUGGAUGUGGGACGUGUCCUCGACGUAACUCUGGACGUAUUCGCGGCUGUACUUGUGAAGCAAUACCGCUUUUUCGUCAAGCUGCUGCGCGCCAGUUCUUGGUGGCCCAAGGAAAAUGCCUUCGGCACCAGUGAAGCCAACCGUGACUCGGGGCUUCCGAAUUGGGCUUUCCCGGGGUCCUCAGGAUGGGCCACGACGGAGGAGGAACGGGCGGAGGCCGUGCAGCUCAAUGAACAGCGCGAUCAGGCCUUCUGGACGAGAGUGAGGGAGAUCGGAAUUCGCGCUUUCUUUGAAAUCGGUCGCCGGCCUGUUUCCGAAGAGGAACUACGACAAAUCCUUCCGGAGUCCAACAGUCUUUCGGAGGAGGAAAUCGACACGCGGAAAUGGAUCGAGGCGACAGGAACCUCGCCACCCCAAGGAAGCCGUGUCGCAGCCCAGCUUCUCGGGUUCAAGCUCCGCUUUUACUCGUCCAGAGCGCGCUCCAAGGUCGACGUCCUUCCCGACAACCUCAUCUACCUGGCCGCAUUGUUGAUCAAGGUUGGCUUUAUCUCGCUGCGCGACUUGUACCCCCACCUGUGGAGACCCGACGACUCCAUGGACGUCCUGAAAGAAGAAAAGUUGAAGGAGAAGGCGGAGCGAGAAAGAGCAGCACGACCGGGCGGCGGUUUCAAUGCACUGAUGAUGGCCGGUGCACUUUCAGACGACACGUUACCGACUCCGCGUCUGCGAGAAUCCGAGACACCGUCAGCGACCCCCGGCAAGGACCAAGAUGCGGACAAGUCGGCUGGCAAAGCAGAAGAAAGCGACCUUCCGGAGCCAUCCGACCAGAAGGUGCUGCUUUUGAAGAGCUUGCUCACCAUUGGGGCGCUUCCCGAGUCUCUUUUCAUCCUCAGCAAAUUCCCCUGGCUUAUGGACGUCUAUCCCGAACUUCCCGAGUAUAUCCACCGAAUCCUUCACCAAUGCUUGGGCAAAGUCUAUGCCGCUUCGUGCCCGUCACCGCUUCCAGAUGAGGUCCGGGAACCCAAGCAAAUACCGGGACAGGACCAGAGUGGAGGAGCAAAGGGCCAGCUUCGCUUGAUCCAAGCCCCUCCGAGACGGGUGCUGCGAUGGGCCCAGCUGGACAAAGAAGAUACGAACGACGGAACCGACUAUCGAUUCUAUUGGGAUGAUUGGGCCGAUAAUAUUCCAAUCUGCCACUCUGUCGACGACGUCUUUGCGCUCUGCUCGUCCUUCCUCAAUCUGUCCGGGCAUAAGAUCGGACAUGACCCGACCUUACUGACAAAGCUGGCUAGAAUUGGCAAGUACAGCAUGACUCAGGACGACUCGGCAGACAAUGCAUCUCGCUGGCGAGAUCUGUGCAAACGCCUCUUGCUUCCGGCAAUCAGCUUGACCAAAGCCAACCCCGGUGUGGUCAACGAAGUCUUUGAUCUUAUUAGCUUCUUCCCGAGGGAUACACGGUACAACAUGUACGCGGAAUGGUAUUCGGGCCAGACGUCUCGGCUGCCGGAUAUCAAAUCAGCCGUUGAUCAGGCGAAAGCAGAAACCAAAGAUGUCCUGAAGAGGCUCAGCAAGACGAACACUCGACCCAUGGCUCGUGCCUUGGCCAAGAUCGCAUGCGCCAAUCCCGCAAUCGUCAUCCACACUGCCAUCAGCCAGAUCGAGUCGUACGAGAACCUGAUCGUCGUUGUUGUGGAGUGCGCGCGUUACUUCACUAACCUCGGAUAUGACGUCUUGACCUGGGCUCUCAUCAGCUCUCUCGGCCACAAAGGACGGAGCCGACUGCAGGAGAGCGGAUUGCUCACAAGCCGCUGGCUCAAUGCGUUGGCCAAUUUCGCGGGGAAAACGUUUAAACGGUAUUCGAUGAUAGACCCCACUCCUCUGCUGCAAUAUGUUGUCGAGCAACUUCGGCAUAACAACUCGACGGACUUGAUCGUGCUGGAGCAACUUAUCAGCUCCAUGGCGGGUAUCGUUACGGACACCAGCUUUAACGAUGCGCAGAUCCAGGCCAUGGCGGGUGGCGAGGUCCUCCAGGGCCAGACUAUUCUCCAGUUGUUGGACCAGCGCCACGAGUCCAAGACCACGGCAAAGCGCCUGAUGAAAGCCCUCACCGUCUCCAAGCUUGCUGGUCAACUUCUCAUUGCCAUCGCCCAGGAACGCUGGACAUGCGUGUUCCGCGAGUCCGAAGGCGACUCCGAGCUGAAGUUGCUGGGGAACGUUUUCGACGAGAUCCAUCGUGUUCUGGCUCAGUAUCUGGACCUGCUUCGCAGCAACCUGACCGUCGAGGAGUUUGAUUCCUUCGUUCCCGAUCUCGCCUCUCUUAUCAGUGAAUACGGCGUGCAGCCUGAAAUUGCAUUCUGGAUUCGCCGACCAAGCAUCGCUCGCAAGAUUGCAGACACGGAGAAGCUUACGCUGGAGGAUGAUGCGGCCACCCCUAAGGAGAGUAGUCAAGAGAAACUUUCUGUUAAGGCUGAGGCCGACAAGAUGGACAUUGGCGAUGAAGGAGAGGCCGAGGCGGCAGAGCCCGCACAAGAGGGUGAGAAUUCGAUGGACGUCGAGAAGGAGGAGGUAGAAAAGACGGACGAUGACGAUACGGUUAUUCCCGUUGAGCAGACCCCGGUGGUCGCUGAACCUCCCCCAUUGAAUCCUGUCAUCCAGGACCUCCAGGACCAGGUCAAAUCGGCAUUGCCUUCUGAGGCCUGGGAAACCGUCGGUCUUUCUUUCUACACGACGUUCUGGCAACUGUCUCUCUACGAUGUGCACAUCCCUCAGAAAGCAUACGAGGACGAGAUCGAACGGCAGAAAAAGAAGGUCAUCAGCAUCAGCAGCGACCGCAUGGACAUCAGUGUUGCUGGCACCCAGAAAAAGGAGGCCCAGAAGAAGCUAAUCACCCAACUUCAGGAGCGGAUACUGGAGGAGAACAAGGCCCACCUGAAGUCAUACGGUCAGACAAGGACGAAAUUGCAGAAGGAGAAGGACCAUUGGUUUAUUCACCUGAAAAGAACGAAGGAGGAUUAUGACAAUCUGCACGUGGCACUCCUCGAACAGUGCUUCUUGCCGCGCAUGCUGGUCUCCUCGCUCGACGCAUUCUACUGCUUUAAGAUGUUGAAAUUCCUUCACUCCUCUGGGCCGUCGAAUUUCCGCACGGUCGGUAUUUUGGAUCACCUCUUCAGUGAGCCGAGGCUGAAUGCUCUGAUCUUCUUGUGUACAUCGAGGGAAGCUGACAAUCUUGGCCGCUUCCUCAACGAAGUCCUCCGCGAUCUUGCCCGCUGGCAUGCGGACAGAUCAGUGUACGAGAAAGAGGCUUUUGGAACCAAGAAAGAUCUGCCCGGAUUCGCCAUGAAAGUAAAUGCUGAGGGGUCGAUCACCGGCUUUUUGGAUUAUGAAGAUUUCCGUCGGCUCAUGUACAAGUGGCACCGUUACUUGGCCAUGACGUUCAAGACUUGUUUCAAUGGGGGCGAAUACAUGCAAAUUCGGAAUGGUAUCAGUGUGCUGAAGGCGAUUGUGCAGCACUUCCCGGCCGUGAAUUGGAUCGGCCGUGAUAUGCUGAACAGUGUGACGAACCUGAGCCAGAACGAUGAGCGAGACGAUGUCAAGAUCCCUGCCGCUUCCUUGAUCGGUGAUCUCAACCGGCGAGAGAAGAAGUGGAUGCUCCCGCAAGCCUUCCACAUGUCAGCAGCACCACAAGCAAAGGGCAAUGCGUCAAAGACGGAAGGCACUGCCACUGAGAAGGGUGGGAAGCCCGGUGCGUCGCGCCCACAAUCUACGACUCCUUCAUUAAACGCGUCGGCAGCCGAGUUCAAACCCCCAGCCACCAACGAAUCCCAAAACGAAGCACCCACCAGCGCCGAAGUAGAGGACGGUGAGAUCGAGGACGCCAAGAUGACCGAUGCUGCGGCGACAAAGGACGCCGAAAACGCAGAUGACUCCCAGAAACAGCCGGAGAAGGCUGGUACCACCCCAAGUCAGGGCGAUUCAACUGCUGCAGCAGGCCCGUCAAAUGGCGAAUGGCAAACGCCAGCGAGCCAAGAAGGUGCUGCCACAACAACUUCCGCAGAGAAAGCUGCUGGCUCAACUUUGACGGCCGACAAUCGCAACGACACGGGGCCCGCCUCACGUCCGCGUGCGCCAUCGGCCGAGUCUCGUGGAACACCCAGAGGCCUUGAGCACAAUAGACCUUCGAGUAUACCCAAACGUCCUGAUGUGGACCGCAUCUCCUCCAGCAACCAGACCCCGCGUUCACAGACACAUACGCCAUCUCGCAACCACCGAGAGGAGACCAAACUGCCGCCGCGUCCCGAUCUCUUGGAUGAACGACGCGAUAGAAAUGCGGACUUCCGAGGGGGUAGAUUCGGUAGCGACCAUGACUACAAUCGUUCCUUCGAUCAGCCUGUGGGCGACGGUAGGAACUAUGGUCGCCUGGAGCGGGACUAUCCCCGAGGACCGAUGGAGGAACCGUUCCGUGCGCAUCCCUACCGUGAAGGCCGCCCUUCAUUAGGUCAGGAGUGGCAUGACCGUCCUGGGCGUCUGCGUGCUUCUGAAGCACGAUCUGGCCCGCCUACGCACCCCGAUCGUGUUGAUAUGAUACACGAGCAUGCUGACCCGAGCUUUCGACGCGGUGACCCAUCACGACCAGAGAAAGAUGAUCGACGAACAUUGCCGCCGGCCAGAACAUCACCUCAGCGGGUCGAACUUCCCAACCGUCCCGAGCGUUUCCCUGCCGAUGACCGUCGAUCGCUCAACUACCCCCCGACUCAAUCACGACACGAGGAUUUGCCUACCGGACCGCGCAGUGACCGACAUGGGCGAGCUCCUCUGGACGGUGCAGAUUUACGAGAGCCUGCCGGCCCUGACCUCAACCAUGGACGGCUUCGCCAACCUGAUGCCCCUGCAGACAUUCCCCUAGGACCAAGGGGAAGGAAUACCCCUAGCCGUGGUGGACGAAACGCGCCCAACAUGACUCACCCUUCCCCUUCUGCGAGUGGUCAUCCGGCCGAACGUCAACCACCCACUGGCCCCGGUCGACAGGGCAUGCGUGGUGGUCCCGACCAAAACGCCUCUGCGGGAAGGUCAUCACCAGGUGUCGAGAAGUUAGAGGCUACUGGAAUGCACCCGGAUCGACUCAAAGCUUUCCAACAGCAGCCGCAAGAAGGCGGUGCUUACACUGGGUCUCCGCGCACCCACCAAUCCCAGCCGCCGGUUGUACCUCCCUCUGGUCCCCGCGGCGCACUGGGACCUCCCUCCGGACCGUCGUCUCUUCCUCGCGGUCCAGCCCCCGGGUCAGGAUUUGGUGGAGAGCGAGGGCGAGGCGACAAACGGUUUGCUGGCAUUAACAACAUGCUACAACAGUCUGGCGGGCCGUCGGACCGUGGAGGCUCUGGUCCCCCAAUUCGUGGCCGAGGAGCCAACCGUCAAGCGAAUGCGUCUCCUCAGACUAGUCGACAACUUACUCCCGUUGGUGCAACUGAUGACGGUGGACGGUCUAGCUCGUUCCAAAAUAAGCCUGACCUUUUGGCUAAUCGACCAUCUGCUACGCACGUCGACGACGACAGCUCUCACCGGAGCCGGCGAGGUGAGCCUACCGAGGAAGGCUCGGAAUCUCGACGAUCCGGACGCUAUUCUACAGGCGGUGGCGGUCAUUCCCACGAUCGUGGAGACCGCGAAAACAGAGACCGCGAAAGAGAGAGGGAUCGCCGGGGAGGAGGUGACGAAGAGGGAACCCGUGGCAGCAGCCGGCGGGAAGAAUACAGGGACCGGAAUCGAGACUACGAGCGCGAACGCAGUCGGCGAAGUGACGCCCCGGGAGCGGGUGGCUCUCGCGAAGAACGAUACGAGUCGCGAGAGGUUGCCCGACGAGGAGCCGGGUCGCGCGAGGACAACCGUCGACGGCGAGACCGGGAUGAAGGCGCCGCUGAACAGGGCAGCCAGGAACAUGAAGGACGCCUUCGGCCUCCGUCGUUUGGCGGCCAAGCUGCCCCGGCCUCGUCUGGCGGAAAUCCCGAAGAAGAUCGCCGCUGGGGCGGACGAGAGCGGAGCAGCCGUGAUCGUCCACGAGACCGUGACUAUCACCGCGAGGGUGGUAGCGGAGGAGGAGGGCCUCAUCGCAAGCGUGGACGACCCGGCGGCGACGAAGGCAACCACGGCGAUGGAGGUGGCCGUGGCGGCAUGCGAAUGGGAGGUGAAAACAAGCGACCUCGCCGUGGUGCUUGAGUGUUUUCUUAUUCGAUUUGAUUUUCCCAGUGAAGCUUGUAUGAUGAGUUAUGUCGUCCUUGUGGUGUGUCUUUCUCUUUACUUGACUCAGCCUUCUUUUCUUUGUGUUUUCCUUUCUUCUCUUACUACAUUAUGCAUCUAUUGGACGGUGUUUUUGCAUUUUCCAUUUCAAUACCUUUCUAGACUCUUUUCUUUUUGGCGGAGUCAAUCUGUAUUCUCUUUUUCUCUUUUUUCAUUCUUGGGCGGGACCGGAGCAUGGGUGGAGAGUCCAGGAUGUACUUGAGGGUUGAGCUGUAGAAUUUGUCGAAGCAUAGUAAUGGUGAAUGUGAC